CCGAGAGAAAGACUGCAGCGUAUGUAAACCAGUACAUUGUCCGUGAUGAUAUCAACUUCUUACACCAAUCGAGCUGUAAUAAUGCGAAUCGUCCAUGUAUGUAGUCCGUGGGGCAUCAUCGAUGUCUACCCAACACCCGUUUACAAAAGCAAACCGGCAGCGAGACCCGCAGCGGCGAGGAACGUCAUCGAGCUGCUGCUGAGACGCACACCGGCACCAGUCGACGUCGAAUUGGCCGACGCGCUUGAUGCAGGGACGGCAGCCGUCAAUGCGCUGGCCGCAGCGGUCAGGGCGUUGGCUGCACCAGUAGCAGCAGCGCCGGCAGACCCGCCAGCUGCAGAAGCGACCAGACCAGCGGCACUGUUGACUGCAACGGCGGCGGCAGAGGCCGCACUGGCACCCGCGCUCACGGCAGCUACGGUACCAGCACUGGCCCCUGCGGAGGCGGCUGGAGCACUGGCACUAGCACCUGAUGCAGAAGCGGCCGGAGCAGCGGCAGCACCUCCACCAGAAUUGGCCAGCGCUUUAGCAUUGGCCUGGAAAGCAGCGAAGCUCUUUGCGCUAUUGGGGUCGGCGUUCACGCUGAACACCAUUCCUGCCUGAUUAUACGAUCAGUCGAGGAUCAGCUGGGCAACUGAUUAUUUAUAUACCUCACAGUGGUUCGCAGGGCUUGAUAAGAGGAUGAGCACAAUGGUAGAAGGAAAAUCCCGAUCGAUAGACGUACUUGGUCUGAGCUAUAACAAAAAUCGUGGUCAGAUCUCAUACAGUAGAAGAUAUUCUUGGUACGGACCGCAGAAGAACCAGAUGGGACCCGUAGAGUUGUUGACCGUGAUUUGCCAUUCUGGAAGCUACAAGCACAGGCUAGAAUCACUUCGCGUCGAGAUCACCAUGAUUCUGCUGACCUGGGACGCGGUCGCAGCAACGGCCUGGAAGCCAGAGCUGAUGCCGACAGUAGGAGUGGUCAUGAUGGAGCAUGGGUUCGCGAAAGUAGACUGGGUCACGGACUACAUCGAUCACAGUCGUCUAUCAGUGACCGUGCUUUGCGGACGCGGGAGACACGCACGUGGUUCUUGCCCUGGAACUGGAAUGUAACAGUAUCGCCGUUCGCGACUGUGAUGUUCGGUGGGCUGAACGCAAGACCACCUGCACCAACGAGGACGAGGUUAUCUGCGGCAUAGGCGGCAAGGGGCGCGAUAGCAGCGGCAGCAAGAACGAAACGCAUGAUAGACUUGACGAAAAUGGAUGGUGAAAUCGAAGAAGUUAACGAAAGUCGGGAGAGCCUAGAUAGCGCAGUUGAGACAUUAAGCUGGGUGCUACACGGAUUCGCCUGCGUACGCUGCUCUGGUGCUGCAAAAUGACCUCUGGGGAAGAACGAAAGGGAAGCGGUGGAUGUUUGAUGUGGAUGAACCGUUAUAUAAAUGGUCGAGACAUCCUUGAUUGAAUGACAACCGGCAGAUGGAUCAUUUCUACUUUGGACUCUCAUUGGUGCCACGGCCCACUGUCAUCUAUUCCAUUCUCUUCUCCCACUCUUCGAGGCCGCGUAUUCCUUCUCCAUGGCAACUCUACUGUUCCGCCACUCCUUGCCUCUUCGAUCUCGUGUAGCACUACUGUCGACCGGGCGACUGGGGAAUAUCGUCAAGAGUGCAGGGUUCCGCUCUUCUGCGUGUAGACGGGAACAGAUCAUCAACGCAACCAGUGCUGACUUUAAACGCGUUGCACUAGACGGCACCCAUGAUCGACUCGUUCUCGUAGACUUCUAUGCAGACUGGUGCGGUCCCUGUCAUCAGCUCACUCCCGUCUUGAAGAAGUUGAUUGGAGAACGUACUACCGGAGGAGAAAAGGUGGACCUGCUUACCAUCGACAUCGAGAACGAGGAAAAGGGCGGGCCCGGACUCGCAUCCAGCCAUCAGAUCAGGGCACUUCCCACAGUGAUUGCCUUCCGUGACGGGAAGGCCGUUGACAAGUUUGUCGGCGCUCUCCCCGAGACUGGGGUCAACACGUUCUUGGACAAGCUGAAGGCUUGA